AUGAAAGCUGCAUCUGUUGUAUUGGGCCUGGCAGCCGCUGCUACAGCAGCUCCCAGCAGCAACAGAAGGGGCCAAUCAACGGUCCACGAUGCUAAUUCUUUGAAAGCUCGAAAUUCUUCGACUGCUGGAACUAAGAUUAUUAUGGACAACGACUGGAGCACCGCUGGCUUCAUCCCAUAUCUUCUGGCCCUCGAUGCUGGCUGGGAUGUGUUGGGUCUGGUUGGGGACACCGGCGACUCGUGGGCUCUGCAGACCAGCCUUCAUGGGUUGGCGACCCUAGAGGUUGGCAAUUUGUCUUCUUGUAUCCCCGUGUACAAGGGCUCUGAUUACCCGCUGGUCAAUACGCCAGAAUUAUUCCAGACAUGGGAGGACCUUCACGGUGACUUGCCUUGGCAAGGUGCUUUUGCCCCUGAGAACCUGACCGCUGAGGAACUUGGUAGUGAUCCAACCUCUGGCGACCCAGAGAAGGUCGUCAAGGCGGCCUUCAAUGAGGGCUUUCCUAACGGGACUCUGGCGGGGAACAACUCUGCGGCCUGGAUGAUCGAGCAGGUUCGCAAGUAUCCUGGCGAGGUUAUGAUCUACAGUGGCGGUGCCCUCACCAACAUUGCACUGGCUGUUCGCAUGGAUCCCCAAUUCGCGUCUCUGGCUAAAGGACUCGUCAUCAUGGGCGGGUAUCUCGAUGUAACUUUGCUACAAACAUCUGGAUCAGUUUUGCAAGCAGAUCUCAGCUCGGAUAUCAAUCUCAAGAUUGACCCAGAGGGAGCUAAGGUUGCUUUGACGGCUGAUUUUCCCAGCAUAACAAUUGUGGGCAACGCUGCCAACCAGGUCAUGUCAACCCAGGACUACUUGGAUGAAGUCUUUGAGGUCGAGACCCCGUACACCAAGCUUAUGCACGAGUACUACGGCACCGAAUUCCCUUUCUGGGACGAGACUGCAAUGUUCUCCGUGUUGGAUACCAGCAACGUGCUCAACUCUACUACAUUCUACCUCGAUGUCGACGUGGCUUAUGCAUCGCCUUAUUACGGAAACAUCAUUGGAUACCAAGAGGCGCUAAAGCCUCGCGCGCAAAAGCUGCAGAAAGUUAACUUUAUCUAUGAGGUUGAUGGUGAGAUUGGACGACAGGAUGGAGACGCCGCCACACGAACCCCGUACGAUGGUGAAUCCAAGUUUCGCAUGCUCCCAAGCCCCCCACAACGGAUCAGCAUCAUCUUAAGAUAUCGAAAAGGCAAAAUGGCCGAUACACUGCCUCAAAAGUACAAGGCCAUGAUCUAUGAUCAGCCAGGAAAGAUCUCGACCAAGAUGGUCGAGUUGGACAUGCCGGAACCCGCCGCAGGAGAGGUGUUGAUCAAGCUCACCCAUUCGGGGGUAUGCCACAGUGAUCUCGGAAUUAUGUUGAAUGGAUGGGCGCAGCUGCCAUUCCCGACUGAAGUUGGCCAGAUUGGCGGUCACGAAGGUGUCGGCGAAAUCGUCAAGAUGGGACCCGGAACAGAAAGAUCCGACGUGAAAGUUGGUGACAGGCAAUAUGUAACCAGCUCGGCCACUUAUGUCACUCCCAUCCCAGAGGCUUUGUCGUCUGACACUGCUGCACCAAUCGCUCUCCGCAAAUCAAACACACAGAGCGGAGAAUGGGUUGUUCUACUCGGGGCGGGAGGCGGCCUUGGCCAUCUUGCAGCUCAGGUAGCAUCUCGCGGAAUGGGCCUACGGGUAAUUGGUAUUGAUUCUGGAAGUAAGAAAGACAUCGUCAUUGAAUCCGGAGCUGAGCACUUCAUCGACUUCGCGGCAAGCAAAGACGUAGCAAAAGAGGUGAUGGACUUGACUGGAGGGCUCGGGGCCCACGCUGUAGUCGUGCUCACCGCUGCAAAUGGAGCAUAUUCGAUGGGCAUGGACCUUCUUCGCUUCGGAGGGACUAUGGUUUGCAUAGGGAUCCCAGAAGGAGAAAUGAAGGCUAUUUCUACAGCAUAUCCGCAGAUUCUCAUCGCAAAGGCGCAGAAGAUUGUUGGCGUUGCGGUCGGCAAUCGGAAGGAAGCCAUUGAGACCCUCGACCUUGCCGCAAGGGGAAUUAUCAAGACGCACUUCCGGACCGAGAAGAUGGACAAGCUCACAGAGGUUUUUGAGCAGAUGCACAAGGGCGAACUCAACGGACGUGUCGUUCUCGACCUCCAAUGA